CAAGGUACUUUAUUGUACAAUAAGUUACAUAUUCUUUUGAUUUUCUCCUUGAUUGUAAGCGGAAAGGAAAGAUCUUCAGGAAUGCCCUGAUCAUCGUAUCCGUUUCUAUCGUACUCCAGGAAGCCAGGCAGCAGGAUGUAAACAAACGCAGCAACCCGUGAAGCGCUGUUCAAACUGUCAAAAAAGCAAACAAAAACAAACACAGCUGUUUGGGCCCGUUCUCCGGUAGUCUCCGUAGCCCAUUCCAGGAGGCGUUCAUGUCCAUCAUGUCCAGCGUCUCGAGUACCCGUGUAAGUACGGUUCGGACCGGUAGAAAGUGUUUCCUGUGUCAAAAUACACGCUAUCGCAGCAAGCAUUGCCGGCUGUUUCGAUUCCCGGUGCGUGGCACGGCCAUGUGGAACCGGUGGUUAACAGCGAUGAACCUCACGGAGGCAACAAUCCGUACAAACGAGCGCCCUCGCCUGUGCCAGCGACAUUUCGAUCCAAAGGACUUCCUAACGCGUCAACUGUCCGGGAUGGCUGUGCCGGUUCGGCACCUAAACCGGAGUAAACCCGCGAAACGCGCGCUCGUUGAAGAGGAACAGGCGUUUCCUUCCAUUCAGAUACUGGAGGCGGAAGGUGAACAAGCAAGCGAUGCGUCCGGCUCCGAAUGCAGCGAACUAUUAGACGAGAUAAUUUCGGAGUGUGAAGAAGCUGCAGACGAGCUUCCGGUGUUAUCGACCAACGCGCCUGUUGGAGAACAAUCGAAUGAAGCUAAUGCCACAGCGCUAAUGUCAGCGACAGAGUGCAGGUGCAGCGUACCACAGCAUCAUACCCUCGAGGAAUUACUCUUGCGGGAAAGGAGCCGUGUGGAGAAGUUGUUAAAGGUAAAUUCCCAACAAAAACACAUCAUAGAGGAGCAGCGAAAUCUACUGUGGGAGCUCGGUGUCGAGUGUGUCACCCAACAGACGGAUCAACCAUCCAACGAUUCGGAUUGAUAAGGCAAGGUGGAGUCUUCGAAGGCAUGUGAUUUUAUUGGCUGUAGCAAAACGGGAAGCAGUGCAAAAAACGAGUUGCCAUUUUCUAGAUCGAGCUGUUCGCGCAAAGUUUGCAACGCGCGUCGCCGCAACCGUGUACACUUGGCGCAUUUCAUGCCCUUGCGCUGGUAGCACUCCCGAUGGCUGACGGUAUUGCAGCGCGUACAGCUGACCGCGUUAUCGUCGAACGGGAACAAAAUCUGAUCGUUGUUGCAGAACUCGCAGAUGUACGCUUUGCCGGAGCAAAUCUGAAGGUUAAAAAGAAACAGGUUGUGUACGGUUAACGGUCGGUGUUCGGUACUGUGAAGCUUCUCAACUCAUCGAUCUCACCAAACAACUCCUGAUGUGAUGCUCGAACGUGGCCCGCAGCGUACGCAGAUAGCCUAGCAACGUGCCAUCCUCCACGCCUACUAGAUCCGCCACACUGUACAGCUCGACCGAUUCCAUCAGAUGGCGCCGGUCGCCGAUUUGCUUCGCCACAAGCUUCCGCUCAUCGGCCAACCGGCAGCCAAUCAGGUACCUUUUCAUGGCACCGAGCUGCACCCGGGCACGUUUCACUUCCGCCAGCCGUGGUAUGAACGUGAACAGGCGCGGAUUUCGUUCCUCCAGCCGGAUGACGGGUUUGUGCAGGAGAAGGUUUAUCUGUUGCCGUGACGCGCGGCACACUUUGCGCGGCACGAAGUCCCAGUUGUUGGUGAUCCUGGCCGGAAUCAGGCUGGUAUCGUUCCAGUGACAGGCCGGACAGUAGUAGAGCCCAGUGUAAUCGCACAACCGUGGUUGAAUGGAGUUCAGUUUUUCUACAAAUAGAGGGACCGUUGGAUGAAUGGCUACCGUUGAAAGAGCUGUUCCAAAGGA